AUGGGUAUGGAUGAGAAUGGUAUUUCCGAUUUAGAAUGGGAAAGAUAUUAUAAUGCAGACAAUACUAUAUUUACAUCGAUGAAAAAGGUUGUUUCAGAACUCAACGCAGUAGUCUUUUUGGUCUUGGCAACCAACUUGUUCUUUUUGGUUCGAUUCUUUUAUCAACAUUAUUUCCUCAAGCCACUUGCAUUAUCUUACAACAUUAGAAAAUCUAAUGUUCCAAGAUUCCUUGAAAAUGGAUGGUACAGUUUAUAUUACAUUACAUUCCAAUUGUUUGGAACCUAUGUCUACAUGCAAGAAGGAUGGUCUAUAUUCCCAACAAUGAAUAUUUGGAUCGGAUGGCCAGUCCAACCUUUUACUACACUAUUUAGAACCUAUUAUUUGUUGGAAUUAUCAUUUUAUCUACAUUGCACGAUUGCAUUGUUUUUCGAAACUCGUAGAAAGGAUUUCUAUCAAAUGCUAACGCAUCAUAUUACCACCUUUUUCUUGGUCGGUGCCUCGUACUGGUACAGAUACCAUCGUAUUGGUCUCGCCAUUCUUUGGAUCCACAACAUCUCUGACAUCUUCCUCUACAGUGCCAAGGCACUCAACUAUAUCCAAAAGGAGACCAAGGACCCAGCCGCCUACUUUCUUGCUGAAAUGUUAUUUGUUGGUUUCGCUGUCACCUUUUUCUUUGCCAGAUUACUCUUUUUACCAUUUGUUUUAGUUAGAUCAACUUUAUUUGAAGCAUUUUAUGUAUCAACUCAAUUCCCAUUAUUUUAUCCAACAAAUGUUGCGUUGGUGACAUUAUUAAUUUUACAUUUGUUCUGGUUCUAUCUUGUGUUGCGUAUUGUCUUUAAGAAGUUCCAAGGUGGUCAAGUCGAUGAUAUUCGUUCCGACUCUGAUGAAGAAGAGCCAACUCCAAAGCAAGAAUCCAACACCAAGGCUGCCGUUGGAUUGGAAGCUGAAAAGAUUACCAAACAUCUCAAUCAAAGAAUCAACGCCAAAUCAUCAAAUGGAAAAGAAUCACCAAAAAAGAAUUAG